CUAUGAUUGGUUCAACCAAAACCUCUUCAGUGAUAAUUCGUAGAAGCGUUAAUACCUUCGCCAGAUAUAAAUCACAAUUUUGUUAGCUUCGACCAAAAGUUUCGGUAUGGUUUAUGUGUCGCUGUUUUUCACGCUGUCGUUGACGUUCUUCGUCGAUGGAGGAAAACCACCAACGUUUGGCGCUUUGAGCCAAACCCGCCAGGUGGUAAAAGGCCUCUCCCGGAGAGAAACACCAACUCUGCCGCCACCGUACCUGCACCUCCCCGUGUUUGUGGACUCAAGGCUACCUCUUGUGAAGAAAGAGCAUUUCUCUCCGGUCAGAGGAACAGGAAAGGAACCUUUACCAGAGCCCGUUCGUGAAGUCCUGCUCCCAGUCGAGUCUAGGCCCCAACCGCCAAACGCUUCGGGAGUUUCCGUGAGAACUUCGUGUGAGCGGGGAAAGAUACUCGUGCAGGUAGAGAAGAGCUUGUUUGACACCGGUGAACCGAAAUUUCAUGUCAAACUGGGGACUUGCCAACCAAGUAAAUCUUCGAGGGAUUACCUUUACUUCGAGUAUGACCUCGACAUGUGUGGGACCAAACAAACGGUAAGUUGUUGAGUUAGACGGUGUAGCUAAUACGAUUUGCUUGAUGGUGGGUUGACUGUGUCGUUUUUUAGCAUGCUAGCAGCCUGUUAGCUGGUCAAACCUUCAACAUGUCGACAUCAUCAUCAUUUGGCGAAUUUCAGUUUAUUGGAGGGGCACAAACUAUCGGGAACUGUGGAGAAAAGUUCUGAUAUUACUUUCUGAUAUAACAUUAGCAGUUGUUCUACUACCGAUUUACCAUGAUGCAUCACAAAACCAGUUGUGAGGAGACUCGAUUAAUCGGUCAAUCAAUGAAUCGGUUAUAUCUAGUUGAACAUUUUUAACUGGUUAUUUGUACACCCAAAGACAUUAGAAAUCCACAUUUUCAAAUGUAGUUUAUGUAGGUUAUGGUACUGCUGAUGUAAGGAUGCAAUCUUACCUGAGUUAUGUUAAAGUUUGAUGAUUCAUUAAUUUCUUUUCUAUGCAGAUCAUCAACAACCAGGUGGCUUAUUCAAACACCCUUUAUUAUGACCCACCAAAACUCCAAGGACCCAUCAGACGGUCUGCGGCCCUCAGUCUUCCUGUUUCUUGUCAUUAUAACAGGUAAGACAUCAGAGAUGACGGUUGUUUAUUUUUAUUAUCAAGCUUAAUUAAUUAACCAUUUCUUUACUUUAACAAUCCUUUGAGCAAUAUCUUUUGACUUUCCAGGUACCAGUAUUCCUAUAAAAUUGGCUACAAACCAAAGAUGCGGAUGAGGAAGAUCUUGAAGCCAAUGAAGAAUCAAGCAAAAUUCCUUCUUACACCACGAAAUGGUAAAAUCCGCAGAAAUUUACCUCUUUGAUAGUUAUGAAGUGUAGCAGCACAGACGUCAUUACGGGGGCUCGGUGCCCCCAACUUAACCAAGUGUAUUUGAUGCAGUACCUCAUCAAAGGAACAAGCGAUUAUACAUUUAAUUCCUUCCGUAAUGAAAAAUCUCUCUUGGCCCACGUUUUUUUCACAUCUGACACAAACUGCAGAUGCACAGUGUCAACAACAAAACCCUUGUUGGCACAAUGGUAGGUGAUCACACACGCACCGAGCCCCCCGUAAUGACGUCGGCACUGCUUUACUUUAUAGAGGCACCUGAUAUCUAACACAGCCCUUUGAUUGUCCAUCAAUGAAUUGUUAUCCUUAAUGUGUCUUGUAAGCAAGGACUUGAAUCAGAAAUCUUUUCAGUAUUACACAUUUCUGUCUUUGAAUUUCUUCUGCAGUCUUCGUUUUUAGAACUGAAACUUUGUUUUGAUUGUCACCAUGAGUAAAAAUCUCAGAGCUUUUGUUGCUCUUGUGUCCUAACUGCUUCCAUUUUUCUUCCAGCUCGGUGGGAGAGACUUUUCCCAUCAGACCAGUAUGUGCUUGGGAAGCCCAUGUACUUUCAGGCCGAGGCCCCAUUGAUUUCCCAAAAUGAAAGACUGUUUGUCCAUGUGUGCUACGCCACUCCAGAGAAGUCCCACACCUCCACACCUCAAUUUGAGGUGGUGAACAACUAUGGGUAAUGGACAUCUUUCCUCUGCACAGAUUUAUUUUUAUCAAGUCAUUAGGAUGCCCCUAGUGGUUGCAUCAACUACAAUCAUGGCGACAGCAUCAUGUAAAUAAACUUGGUAGUCACACAAAUAAAGCUGUGAGCUUUGCAUCUGCAGCUUUUUUUGCUAGCUCUAUGAUAUAUCUUUCGAUUUUUAUGCUACAGAAAAAGUGUUGAUGUAUAGAAAGUGGAUGCUCAUAUCAUGGUCAUUUCUCUCUCUCUGAUGUAGGUGUAUGGUUGAAAGUAAAGACAGCCGUUCCAGAUUCAUCCCCUACAAAAACAACGCAGUGAGAUUCUCUGUGGAUGCUUUCUUAUUUAAAGGAUUGAUAGGCCAGGUAAGAAGAGCACUAAAAUCAUGACUUUAUGUGAUGUUUUGAAAAUAAAAUUCUCUGCAGCUUCCAUUUUACUUGCUUUAAACUGAAGUUGAACUGUGUUAUCUGAUCUACUGUAGCAGCUCUACAUGCACUGCAGCAUGUCUGUUGGCAGCUCCAUACCCACACCAACAGCAAAGUCCUGCAAUUACGACACGAAAGCAAGAAGGUUAGUAUUUAUUCCUGUAAGAAACUGAAAGUUACUACAUAGAAAGUUGGAACAUGCCGUGCAGCUCUUUACCCUCAAGUCAUGUCUGCUUUUUCGCCUCAGGUGGGUUGAGCUGAGUGGAAAGGACUCGGUGUGCACCUGUUGUGACUCCACCUGUAGCGCUGGUGCAUCUACAGGUAUGCUGUGCUUUAAUUCCAUCGUAUAAAAAACCUGAUCAUAAAAGGAAAGGACUUAAAAAGAAAAGAAAAAUCUGAUCUGAUUAAAUCCCUUUAUGGACCAAAACACAUAAUGAUUAAAUUCUGUAAGCCAGUGUUGAUAACUGUUGUUGUUAGAAUAUUCUUGAUAAGUAGUAAUUGUUUUAAAUAUAAGCAAUAAAAAACUACUUUUCAAAGACAAGACCUUUUGAAGGAUCCUUUUCAUAGAGAAAUAAGAUUAUUGAAAGUAUGUUGGCCUUGAACUCAGUCUUUAAGACGUCUCAUGUAACAUUUAAUUUUCCUGUAAAUCUGUAAGGAUUAAAUUGAAAUAAUUUCUUCUUUCGUACAUUUUCCAGUGACUAAGAUAGUCAGCAGCAGGCCAUGGACAAUAGAUCCAAAAGUAAAACCCACUGCAGCCCCAAAGAGGAAGAGGGUGUCAACCACAACAACGACGACAACAACAGGAACAGAAACAGCAACAACACAGCUAAAGGCGACCAGAGAGGUGACCAAACUGAAGACAACUCCAAGGCCUGAGGUGGUAGAAGUGACUCAAAUGGGUAAGGUGGAGAAAACGGCAACGGAGUUUAAGUGGCCGUUCGGAGGCAGAGGUGUAGUCUGGGUUGAGUUGGAGGAGGAAGAGCAGGCAAAGGGAUCUGCUGUUGUUGAGGAGGAAAAGGAGAAGGAGGAGGUCGUACAACCUCGUACAAUAUUUGAAGAAAUCUUCGAUCUUGACAAAUAAAACUGAUAUUGAACAGUGAUGAGUUCAAGUAGGGUGGCUCAUUAUCUGAACGAGCUCAGCAAUUCUGUCUAAAAAAAUAAAAACAUGAGAAUGGGAAAAUUGUUUCAAAUCAUGUGUUUAAAAAAGGUGAUGGUACCAACAGAAC